GAUCCCGUCCGGAGUAGAAUAUAGGCCGUCAACGUUGCAAUAAGAACAGAUUCGCAUCGGUGAGACUCGAAUGGAUAUAUUCUUCCAGGUUAUUCGAUCGAUGCUGCCUUUGUCCUACCGUGCAGUUAAGUUUCUGAAUCUGGUGCAAAGCUUUUAAAUUGAUAUUGCAAGUUGCGGACCGGUUCCGGUGUUGUCUGGUUCGUCGAUGACGAAUCGGCGGUUUUUCAGCGGGGCUUUGUGGCGCAUACCGUUCAAACUCAUUGGGGCAAGCCCUUUCGACGAUUCAAUGGCGGACGCAUUCAAUGGACGCCAGCGCAUUGCCAGCAUGGCCCUCUUCGCAAUGCAUUAUUUAAAUACUUUCUAACCGCGCACUUGACAUUCCUGCUGUGCCCUUGUCAUUUUGCAUAUCUGCCCGUCAACCACCAUGUCUGUUUUCCCAUAUUACUACCCAGAGGACGAGGAGAAAUCUGUUGCCGGGCUUGAACAUGCUCAAGAUAUGUACGCGAUCGAGGCAGCACCAGAUCACGUGAUCGUCAAGCGUUUUGGUAAAUCAGGACCUCUUCUUUCGAGACUUUUUGCAAGCGGUGUCGAGGCCUGUGGAGUAGAGCGUAUUCCAGAGAACCAGCGAGAGUCAAAAAAUGCCUGGAAUAACAUAUUAAUGUGGUGGUCUGUUAACACAGUGUUUGAUAUCAUUCCAAUCGGCGUGCUGGCACAGUCAACUUUUAAUUUGAGCUUCGGCAAUGCUGUAGCUACUAUCCUCUGCUUCGGCGCUCUUGGGGCCGUCGCGACGGCAUUUGUUGCUACCCUCGGCCCCAUAACGGGCCUCCGUACCAUGGUCAUCACCCGCUUUAGUUCGGGAUAUCUCGGUUGUACCAUCUACUCAGUCCUCAACAUCCUCACACAGCUUGGCUUUGCCACAAUGACUGUCAUCAUCGGAGGUCAAAUGCUGUCCAACGUAAACCCUGGUACCCUUCCCUCCGUCGUGGGAAUCAUCAUCAUUGGUGUGUGCUCCCUUAUCCCGUGCGUUGUCGGAUACAACAUGGUGCACGUCUACGAGCGCUAUGCAUGGAUAAUUACUCUGAUCAGCAUGCUCUUCCUCUGGGGUCUUGGCGGAAAAGCCGGAUAUGACAUCAACGCGCAAAAGCCGCUUCAAGAGAACACGGGGCACGCUCUCUCAGCAGACGUUCUCAGCUUUGGUGGGAUCAUAUUCGGUUUAUUUACUGGGUGGGCGCCAAUUGCAGCGGACUUUAACUGUCGGUUGCCUGCUGAUACAUCACCCAUGCGCGUAUUUCUGCUUACAUUCUUCGGCUUGUUCAUCCCUAUCUGCUUUGUCGGGAUUCUCGGCGCCGCUCUCAUGACCAUCACGGACCCUGCAUACGUUGCAGCAUUCAGAGACGGUUCGACAGGCGGCCUCGUUGCGCAGGUCCUCUCGCCAUUGGGUCACAUUGGCCAGUUCAUCCUCGUCCUGCUCGCACUUUCUGUCAUUGCCAACAACAUCCCGAACACUUACUCCGCUGGAUUGUCCAUGCAGGCACUUGGGCGCCCAUUCGCCAUUAUUCCGCGCUUCUUUUGGGUACUGGUGGCUUUCGUAGCGUACACUGUAGCUGGUGUUGCGGGCCGCGAGCAUCUUAGUACUAUCCUUUCAAAUUUCCUUAGCAUUCUCAGCGACUGGACGGCAUUCUUCAUUGUGAUCGUAGCCGAGGAACACUUCAUCUUCCGGCGAAAAGAUGGGCCACUCGGUGGGUACCACUUGGAUGAUUACGAUACACCAUCGAAACUACCAGUAGGCGUAGCGGGUAUACUUGCGGGGUGCUUUGGUGUUGCAGGUGCUGUCAUUGGGACGUCGCAGGCGUUGUAUACAGGCCCACUUGGAAAGAUGGUAGGAGCAGAGAUCGGGUUUGAGCUUGCAGCAGCAUUUUCAGCUAUUACUUACCUUCCGUUGCGUGCGCUUGAAAUUAGGCUCACUGGUCGAUGAAUGCAAGAUCUCCUGAUGCUGGUGUCAGUAAAGUGGUGCAAAGAUUAUGGCAUAUAUUUAUGUAUCUAGUAUAAGUAUUAAGACGGAUAACUAGAGCUGGGGAUAUCUGAGUCUCACCAGUUUACUGCCGCCCAUGGCAAAGCUGUAUCUACCCACUGAUAAAUUUCAUCCGCAGCUACCAAGCUAGCAGUGAUUUUGGACUGCGCCC